AUGGCUCGUCUAGGUAUAGGCCUUCGCAUCCUAGGCAUAGCUACCGAGACCGCCUGUCCUCUACCAAGUCAAGGCCAGUCGUCCUGCCUCGAGACUGGGGAACAACGGAGAGAGGCUGUUUGGAAGUGGCGUCUGCUAAAGGCCAUCACACCUGAAGUCCUAUCAAAUCGGGCCGAACUCUGCGAGAAAGACGCCGGACAGAGGCUGGCGUCAUUUUUCCGCAAAAGGCCACUUGGACAGGUCAUUCAAGGAGCACAUCAAGUGCCACUUUUGGCCUCGGCUGGUUUGUUGCCGCCUAGUGAAAUGUCCAAAACGGGGAAAAAAAGGAUUCAAUGUAGAUAA